AUGGCCACACCGACAACGGCGUUGAGUGAUAACUCGUUUGCUUAUGGUACCACCACCAGACCUGAUGACUACCAACCACAAACAGUGCUGUCUAAGGUUGCAAGUGCUCAAGAGAACAACACUUCAAAGCUCAAAAGCGCCACUGCCACACCGCCUGCUGCUGGUGAGGCAACCGUUGGGAGCAACGUUAGUGACACUACAGCUGCAACGGCAAACACCGGACUGUCGAUUCCUACUACUGCAUCAACAACAUCGGAGGCUGACUCUGUUCCAAGGGGCAAAUUAACCGUGAACAUUGUUCAAGCUCGAAACUUACUCACAAAGACGUCGAACGCUCAGCCAUAUGUCGUCUGUACUUUUGAGAGCUCCGAGUUUAUCACCCAUGGUCCAGAAAGCGUUGAUAACCAUCCGGCUUCUCAUGUACAGAUGUUGAAGAGGGAUCGCCCAAUUCCAACGGCUUCAAGACCGCUCUAUUCAAGACAAUCAUCAUCACAACACUUGAACAGACAACCACCUAGAAUGCCACAAGAGCAACAGCAUAACCAGUACUCAAAUAACUCUAACCCGGUUUGGCACCACGAGACUAUAUUCGACGUUGUCGGAAACCAUUCAGAAUUAGACAUUUCUGUAUAUGACUCUGACGAGACGUUUCUAGGACAUGUCAGAAUCAAACCAACCAUCCAGACGAAGAACAAGAACAAUGAGUGGUUUAAGCUCCAACCAAGAGUUGACGGUGAGCGUGUCAGCGGUGAGAUUAACGUUAGUUGGGCUUUUAGUACAACUGGAAAGAGACAUUACGGUCCAGAGGAUUUCGAGGUGUUGCGUCUCUUGGGUAAAGGUACUUUUGGACAAGUGUUUCAAGUGCGUAAGUUGGAUACAGAUCGUAUCUAUGCGAUGAAGGUUCUUUCCAAGAAGGUUAUUGUAAAGAAGAAGGAAAUUGCUCAUACCAUUGGUGAACGUAACAUUUUGGUUAGAACUGCUACAACUGCAUCACCGUUCAUUGUUGGUUUGAAAUUUUCAUUCCAAACACCGACAGAUUUAUACCUUGUCACUGAUUACAUGUCAGGUGGUGAGUUGUUCUGGCAUUUGCAAAGAGAAGGUCGUUUCCAAGAGGACCGUGCAAAGUUUUACAUUGCAGAGUUGAUACUUUGUUUGGAACAUUUACACGACAAUGAUAUCGUUUACAGAGAUUUGAAACCAGAAAAUAUCCUGCUGGAUGCAAAUGGUCACAUUGCCCUCUGUGAUUUUGGCCUUUCCAAGGCUGAUUUGUCAACAGAUGCCACGACCAACACAUUCUGUGGUACCACUGAAUAUUUGGCACCAGAGGUGUUGUUGGAUGAAUCCGGUUACACGAAGAUGGUUGAUUUUUGGUCUCUGGGUGUGUUAAUCUUUGAGAUGUGCUGUGGCUGGUCCCCAUUCUAUGCUGAAAAUACCCAACAGAUGUACAAGAACAUCGCCUUUGGUAAAGUCCGUUUCCCAAAGGAGGUCUUAAGCCCUGAAGGCCGUUCAUUUGUUAAAGGUUUGUUGAACAGAAACCCGAAGCACAGAUUGGGUGCGCAAGGUGAUGCACGCCAGUUGAAGGAGCAUCCUUUCUUCCAAGAUGUUGAUUGGGACCUCCUGAGACAGAAGAAGAUCCCACCACCUUUCAAACCACAUCUUUCGAGUGAGACAGACACAUCUAAUUUUGAUCCAGAAUUCACCAAUACCAGUGCCUCUGUCAUCAACAAACAAUUCCACAUUGCAUCAACUCCAUUAUCACCUGGUGUCCAGGCCAAUUUCAAAGGUUUCACCUUUGUCGAUGAAUCCACUAUGGAGGAUUUCCACUCAAAGAGAAUCACACAACCUUUCGGCUCCCUAAUUCCAGGAAACCCACACCUGCCUCCAACUGAGGACGUCAUUGAAGAUGAAGAGGAGGACGAAGAGCACAACAAUGACGUUGAUAUGGAUGGCGAUCAUGAAAUGGAUGAUGACCAAUUCGUCAAUGGUCAAUUUGAUCUUUGA